AUGAGUAGGAUAGAAUGGUUGCUUAAAUUGGCUCACCCCGCCAUGUUAUAUACAAAUGCACAUUUGUCGCUCAGUUUCAUAUCACCAAGUAUUGUCCAUGUGAUUGUCUGUUUUGUGCUGUUAGGGAUAUGUGCUUCAGAUUAUCUGUGUCCUAAUGUUGCAGCCAUCGCAGAUUCAAGUUAUGCAGAUAAAUAUAUGACGAAGAAUCAGAUACGAAAUACAGGUGCUCUAAUGGCCGUCCUAUUAUCAUGGUGUAAUAGUUCACCGGAUUUAUUUUCUAACCUGGUCAGUUGGACUACUUCUUCUUCCCCUAAUGCAGCAGCAUUAUCUAUCGGUGAAGUAUUAGGGGCAUGCGGGAUCAUCCUCUGUGUAGUGGAAGGUUCAAUAUUUAUUAUAAUGUCCUCGACUACUAUUUAUAUAACCUCUAAUCAAAGAAACAGCAUUUUGAAGGAUUUAUCAUUUACAGCAUUUGCUAUGUUAAUUAUGACCUAUAUUGCAAUUCAAAAUAAAGUUACUGUAUUAAAUUGCAUGUUAAUGAUGAGCGUCUAUGCCUUCUACAUUACAAUAAAAUUAACUCCGCAUAAGCAUCAGAAUAAUAUCAUAGCUGGCACAAGUAAUUCAGGAGUAGGCGUACGAGAUACUGAGGCCUCGGUACACGAUGGUUUUAAUGAAGAUCUUGCGAAUGAAUUUUUGGAUCAAGAAUCAUUAUUAGCUGAUGAUGAUCUUCAAUCUUUUAAAUCUACACAUAUGAGGCCAGGUAUUAAACCCAGUCUUAUAUCAGCAAUGGACUACAAUAGUCUGUUGGGAAUGUUAGAGAAUUCAUCGUCAAUUCAUAACGAUAGAUCUCAUGAACAGGCAGAAAUGGUAUCCAUGCAAGGAAGUAGUUUUAUUCUGCCGUUUCAAGGAGGCAGUGAUAAUAUUGGAAGUAAUAAGAGACCAGCUUCAGAACCACCAGCUCAUUUAACUAUACCUUCUAUAGAAAUCAGUGGAACGGCUUCCUUAAAUGCUUCUCCUAUUGAUUUUCAUCCAUAUUCUGAUAAUCCUGACAGUGAGUUAGAGUCUGAAGUUCAUUCUAUGACACCAAAUAAUACAAACGUUACAAAAUUAUUAUUAAGAAGCAAAAGAUAUAGAAAUUUGACGCUGAAGCUACUUGCACCACAUUUAAUCAACUAUAAAUCAAAAUCAAAAGCUGAUCGAAUUUUAUCUAUAUUGACUAUACCAUUUGUGUUAAUAUUACAAAUUGCAUGUCCUAAGAAUUUAGAUAUUAUGGAAUAUGACGAGAUAAAUUCAAAAUAUACGUUAGUAAGGUCACAUAUUGCCGUUUUCUUGGUUCAAGCAAUUAUUAGUCCAUCAAUAACUCUCAUUGCUAUUUCAUGUUUAGCAAAUUUUGAAUUCGUUAUUUUCUUAUGGUUAUUACCUGUUGGUGUUUCAAUAAUUAUCAUUACUUUGAUUGCAAUUUUUUACCAGAAUGUGAAAUUACAUAAUAGAUUCUCAUUAUUUGAACAAACAUCUAUAGAGGCAGAUGAAAAAACUAAGAAGCGUCGCGAGUUGGAAAGAUUACACAACUCUAUUCAAUUAAUAUUCCUAACUAUCGGUAUUAUAAAUGCCAUCCUCUUCAUUUCCAUGAUUGCGAACUCUUUAAUUGAGAUGAUGGAAUUAUAUCAAGUUAUUACUGGUAUCUCUAAAGCUAUUUUGGGUCUUACAAUAUUUGCAUGGGGUAAUUCUAUUAGUGAUUUAAUAUCUAACAUAGCAAUGUGUAGAUUUUACUUAAAGGUACCUCACCAAGAAGAUCUUGAGCAUAUUCAAGCAGUAGCUACAAAAUUUUUCGUAAUAUCAUGUACUUCCUGUUUAGGUGGUGUUAUGUUAAAUUCGAUGGGUGGUGUGGGCUUUAGUGCAUUUAUCGCUAUGGUGUUUGUACAUGAUCAUUCAGGUCAAUGGUGGUUUUUAUUAUCAAGGAACCUGGAAGAAACAGGAUCAGAGAUGCAUUAUAAUGUGAAGUUCGUUGUUUCCUGUAUUUUCAUUUUGUUGCAAGUCAUUUUUCUAUUGACCAUAUUUGGAGGCCCAAAAUAUAUUACUCAAUGGACACAUGAUCAUAGAAGAAGAAUAGGUCUUGUGAUGUGCGGUAUAUGGGGUGUAGCAACUGUAUUUAAUGUAUUUAUCGAGAUAUUUAGUUAA